CAGAAGAAGAAGAAGAAGAAGUCAUUGGCUCCGAGGAGCUGAUGACGGAGGGAGCGCACUGUCUUCAGGAGCGCAUUAGCCCACAAAACACAGGAGCACACACGCACAACACACACACUGCACCUCCGGCCAGUGGGAUGAGACCCGUGUGUCGGACUGGGAUGCAAAUUUAAGUUAAGAACUUGUUUCCUCCUCCUUCUGCUGUUACUAUUAUUUGUUUAUUUUUGGAGGUGGAGACCUGUUCGGACGAGCGCGUUUACACUCUCCAGGAGCGCGCAGUGUGGCACACGCUGGAACAAACAACAGCUCAGUGCAGCGAGUGCAGCGCAGGCAGGUUUCCGUUUUAAAAGCAGCAGGAGAGGCACGAGAGUUACGGAGUCCGCGUGGAAGCGGUGUCAGUGCAUGAGGAAGACGGACAGCGGGAUAUUGAGGAAAAAAAUCUGCGGCGGAACUUGGAUAUGGCGGGUGUGAAGACGUUCGACCUUCUCGUUGGAGUUGUUUUAGUUUUGCAGUGUGUGGGGGAUUCCCGAGCCGAGAUCACAGCCAGCAGCGGGGUCUCUUACUCAUACGUUCAGGGGCAGGCAGGAGAUGAGGAUGCAGCAGUGGACGUGAAGCUGUACAGUCACCGGUGGAGGAGAUGGCUUCCCCCAAAACCUCGUAACAUGGACAGCAACAGGGCCAGUCAGGAGCAGGACCAGGAUCCUGAGCAGGAGGAGCCCGAGGGCUUUCCAGGCCUGCUGUCUGCAGAGGAAACAGACAACAGCUCCCAGAUAGAGGAGGAUACAGAUCACAACUACUACACAUCAAAAACAUACAACCCGUCAGAUCCGAUGAGCAAGGACUUGUGGGUAGAUAUCGACCAGAUGGACAAGGACAAAGUGAAGAUCCAUGGGAUUCUGUCCAACACACACAGACAAGCAGCGAGAGUUAAUCUGUCCUUCGAUUUCCCUUUUUAUGGACAUUUCCUGCGUGAAAUCACCGUGGCGACUGGUGGGUUCAUCUACACGGGUGACGUGGUCCACCGGAUGCUAACAGCUACACAGUACAUCGCUCCUCUAAUGGCAAACUUUGACCCCAGUGUCUCCAGAAACUCUACUGUCAUUUACUUUGACAACGGUACUGCUCUGGUGGUGCAAUGGGACCAUGUCCACCUACAGGACAACUACAAUCUGGGAAGCUUCACCUUCCAGGCAACACUGCACAACACCGGCAGGAUUGUUUUUGCAUACAAAGAGAUCCCCAUUGAGGUGUCACAGAUCAGCUCUGUCAAUCACCCGGUGAAGGUGGGCCUAUCUGAUGCCUUUGUAGUGGUCCACAAGAUCCAACAGAUACCCAACGUUAGGCGGAGGACGAUCUACGAGUACCACCGCGUGGAGCUGACAAAGACGAAGAUCACCAAUUCUACAGCCGUGGAAAUGAUGCCUUUACCAACCUGUCUCCAGUUCACCAGCUGUAGCGCGUGCAUCUCCUCACAAAUCAACUUCAACUGCAGCUGGUGCCAUCGGCUCAACAGAUGUUCCAGUGGCUUUGAUCGCCAUCGGCAGGACUGGGUGGACAACAGCUGCCCAGAUGAGACCAAGGACAAGAUGUGUGACAUCAUUGACACCACGUAUGUCUACCCCUUUACCACCACAAUUGCCCCAAAAACAACAUCCAGGAGCAAAGAGGCCACUGCCAGGGACACACCCUCCACCUCCCACCCUCCCACCAGCGUCCCCACUGAAGAUGAUACCAAGAUCGCACUGCAUCUCAGAGACAACCAGGUGCUGCCUGCAGACAGUGCUGUAGACAGGAAGCCAGGUACACACCCUUUGCACACUGGUCUGAUCCUCGGCAUCCUCCUGGUGAUGCUCGUCAUGGUUGGCGGCGUGCUGGUCACCUUGUACAUCUACCAUCACCCGACCUCUGCAGCAAGCCUCUUCCUCAUUGAGAGACGCCCAAGCAGGUGGCCAGCCAUGAAGUUUCGCCGGGGGUCAGGUCACCCAGCCUACGCAGAGGUGGAGCCAGUGGGCCAGGAGAAGGAGGGCUUCAUCGAGUCCGAGCAGUGCUGAGGGAGGAGGGGGUGUCUGCAUCCCUGCGGCCCCCCUCCUGUGACGGGCCUCCUCCCUCCUGCUCCACAGGGACUUCUCACCAGGAACCCUCCAGGAUCUGCUUAUCAGUGUACACAAUGACUCGUUAAGACUGCGGAAUUUGCCGGUUGAGCGCUAGAUGAGACUGGAUACAGCAGCCGACGAUAUGAGCAAAUAAGAAAGCCCUUCAAACUGAUCCCAGACUAACCCAUCGUUCAGCUCCUGUUGGCAAAGAAAGUACCUACUAGGGACAGAGGGAGGGAACAGCAUUGAUGUCAUCGACUCAGUCAGCAUUGGUUAUGUUUUGCCAUGGAGGGAUUGAACAGCCUGACUGCCUAGACUGGAUACUGGUGUGGUUGAAGGGGGGGGCAGGGUGAAUUACACAAUAUAUAUUUUCAGAAACAAUACAGAGUAUGUGAACAGAGAUUUCCACUUUGUUGUCGGUGGGGUUAUACUAUAUAGGCCUUGAUAUAUCCAUCAGGUUUUUACUUAUUUUCCUUUUUCUUUCAGUAUGUUGUUUUCACAGGGGUUGGCACAUUUAGUAUCUGUACAGACCGUCGGUAUUGCUUUUCAAUACCAUAGCAGGUUUUAUUGACUUUUCCACUGCCUGCUCUACACAGAGAGGAUGCCGCUGUGCGAUAUGACGUGAGCUGAAAGCCCGUCACUGCAAUUGAUUGCAGCUCGGAGAAAAGCUCAAAAUUUCAGCAGCGCUGUUAAAUUAGUUUGUGAUGUUUGAUGGGUUUAAUUUUCUAAAAAAAAUAAGUGUAAGAUGUUUUUUGUUCACUGAGAAUAUCUGUGUUUUUUUUUUACUGGGUGAUGGGCACACGCUAUCUUUCUUAAUCAUUUGAUUGGUUCUUUGAUUGAUUCCUCACUUAAUGGAUAUCAUUUUACUGUAUGUAUUUUGUUUUGUUUUUAUUUUUGCAGUUUUUUCAUUACUGCUGUGCCAUUUUGUCCCCAACUAGAGUUUGCACAAUUUUUUUCUCAUUUGACAUGUGGUACUAAUGCAAUAUUACAAGACAGGCGCUUGUGAGUGUGUAUGCUGAAUAUAUUUUCUAAAGUGUAAGUGAUUGUGUGUGUGUGUGUGUGUGUGUGUGUGUGUGUGUGUGUGUGUGUGUGUGUGUGUGUGUGUGUGUGUGUGUGUGUGUGUGUGAAAAUGCAAAAGAGAGCAGUUUACAUUAGUGAUUGGAUAUCCACCUGCUUUAUGGGUGCAUAUGUUUGAGCUGGCUCUGCACAGGUGAUUCUUAUUGAUUUGAAUCUGAGGUAUCUGGAUAAAGUUUGUGUGAGCCAGAAAACAAACUGGUAUGGUUGGAAUUUCCCUUGAUUUUUACAGUUUAGUUUCCUUUUCCAAUAUGUUGCCAGCAUAACCAUAAACUGUUCAUGUUAUCGGCUCAUUCGUGUCAACACAUUAAUGUAUAUACCAAGGCCAAAACAUUUGCAGAUUCAGGUAACUCAUGGCAAACAUUUUUAGUAUAGCAGAUUAGUACAGAAAAACUUUUUUUAUUUUUUAUGAGUGGCCUUUUUUCUCUACUUUUUUACGUAAAUGUGAAUACUGCUCCAAUCAUUACUGUCACCAAUCAAUACAAAAGGCUUCUGACUGAACAAAUUCAAACAUUCACUUUUACUGUUAAAAAUAUAAUCUCAAGACAAAAUCAUGUUUUUACACCAAUGAUUGUAGACUCAUUUUAGAUCAGUAUCCUGGAAUUCUACUGAAAAAUAAAAAGUGCAAUAUUACACCCAUUCAGUUUGACACUGUAAAUAGCCUACUUAAACAUAACAAUCAUCUGGAUAUUUUUAAUUCACACCUUGUCGUCAUCACAUUGAGACCAAAGGCUAAUCAGCGUUAUAUUUUCAAGUAUUUACCUCAACCUCCCCACUGCCUCAGCAGCUAUACCACGAUCCACAACAUACCAGCUAAUUGUAGCUUUAGUUUUUGGGUUAUAGUGGUGUUUUACUGACAUUUACAAUGUGUCAUAUAAAAACUGCCCCUCCUCCUAACAACGAUCGUCCAAUCGUAGUUUAGCAAUCUGUCGCGCUUUGGAUUUCUCCACACAUGUUCAAGCGGUGUUACAUGGGAUAAAAAAAAAGAUAGUUUGAAUUAUAUAUAUAUAUAUUCUUUAUAUACUUUGCCGAUUUUAAACCAGCUCUCUGUCAUGACAAUGUGUGUGCAGAUUUAACGGCUUCCCUCCGGCACUAUGCUAGUUUUUUACUCAAUGCGGAGUGAUGCCGGUGGGUAUUAUAUAAACCAAUCAGAUUGCUUGAUUUGAGCUUCCCGUUUAGUCAGCUAGCUAACUAACUGACGUUAAUUGAGCUGCAUUGGUUGUGUUAUAAUACAUCCAUGGUUGUGUUACAGGUUGAGUGUAAAAGCCCCGUUCACCACUAACAUUGUUUCAUCCAGAUGGUUAGCUAGAAGAGUGUUUUUAUGAUUUGGAAUACUGACAGGACAGCGGUAAGUGUUUUUACAAUAUUGGGUUUUUCAAACAUUGGGUAACGUUAGCUAACUGUAUGCUAAUACAAAUGUGUCUGCCUUCAAAAUAAUAUGUAACGUUAGCCGUCAUAUGCAACUUUAACCUCCAUUUUACAAAAUGUGUGUCUUAAAAUAAAGUUUUCAACCCACUCAUGGAUCCAACGUCAGCCUAUUUAGCUAGCUAGUUAGCUAACGUUACAGCUGAUCGAAUCUGCUGUCAGGCAAAAUCGACGGUCCUCUGCCAGAAAAGAAAAGUCCGAUUUCGUCUACCACUAUCUGAAAUUAUAGACAUAUUGUUUCAAAUUUAAUUUAAUUUCGAUGGUAAAUGUUAUCAUAUAUUUAAAACGGCAUGUGAAGUUUGAGAAGGAAAACUUAACGAGCGUAGCAACAGUAACUACGGGGGGCGGGGCUUAGCUAACAUCUCACCUUCAUCCUACUCUCACCUGUCACCUACACACCAAAAGAUGCGCAGUCAUGCACAACAGCGAACUAAGGACUCACUGGCUGUUUUUAAACCUUCACACAGACCUUUCUCUUUACAACCACUCUGAGAUCUGAUGCUGUCUCAUUGGUGUCGACCAGAGAGAAACGUUAGACCUACAAACUAUCGAUAUAAAAAACCCUCUUUUAUGGUUCCUUAUAACUCCUUUCCACAGCUGUGUUUAACGAGUGAACAGGAGAGAACAGAGGAUUACAUUUAACAGGACAAGGGGCUUUUUUCAUGCACACAGAUAUUCAGAUUAAAUAUUCAGUUUUUCGAUAUUGUUAAAAUUGAUCCAUGCGGAGAAAUGCUCUUUGCAAGUGCUUGGAACAUCUGCUUGUUUUACACUGCCACCUGAAACUGCAAGUGUUUUUAUGAAAAUGCAGUAAUAGAAAGUGGCCGACGGUCGGAUUUGUUUGUGUUAAACACGUCUACACAAAAGCCGAAACACUUUGGUAAUAGAAACCGCAGAACAGAAGUCUUCACUUGCUUCACUGGACUUUACUAAUCACUUUCACUUCCACUUUCUUAACAAUGUUAUUUUAGAUGACGAAAAGCAGCAUAGUAGUGUUGUUGAGAUCGGUUAAUGCUUUUGCUCUGGUCAGUGAGUCGGGUUGAAAGAUGUAAAGUCACACAGAUUCAGCGACGAUUGCCAGAGCUCAAUAUAAAGAAACAAGAACUGUGACCUUGUUUUAUCUUAUCAUGGCACACAACAAGACUCAAAAUCACACAGUAUCAUAGCUGUCUGUAAUUUCUGUAACUACUGUUGUUUUGAUUACAUUUGAAAUAAACAAUGUUGUAAAAAACAAA